AUGAAUACCGAUGACCUGAUAUGGCAACUCAUUAACAAAUCAUUUUGUUCCUUUAUGGUGAAGACAAAAACGGGAAAAUUCUGUCGCAACGAAGAUAAUGUUACGGGUCUUUGCAGUCGGCAUUCUUGCCCUCUGGCUAAUUCCCAGUAUGCUACUAUAAAGGAGCGCGAUGGUAUCAUCUACCUCUACAUUAAAGCUCCGGAAAGAGUGCCAUAUCCUGCUAAACAGUGGGAGCGGAUCAAACUGAAGCGUAACGAACAACAGGCAAUAGACCAGAUAAACAAACACCUCCGCUACUGGGAUAGGUGGAUUCGUACCCGCGUGAAGCUGAGGUUCCUUCGAACGCGUGAUUACCUAAAGCGGAUGCGACGCUUAGCCUUAUCCCGUCAAAAGAAAUUGGAACCGGUUAACCGCAAAGUGGAGCGUCGCGAGAGCCGCAGGGAAGAAAAGGCCCUACGAAUCGCCAAAUUAGCCAAAACUGUGGAGAAUGAAUUGUUGGAACGCAUUCGAGCAGCAACAAACACCAAGGAGAUUUACAAUAUUGACAAGUCCGCCUUUGAACAGGCUCUUGAGGCCGAGGAGCUCGAUACCCAGGAAAUGGAACUUGACGCAGAUAUGGAAGAGGAAUCCGAAAAUGAGGAGGAAGAGGAAAUUGUCUAUACCUCGGGAUCAGACUUAGAUGAGGAAGAGGAGGAAAAUAUCGAAGACUUUGCGGACGCUUUGGAACUGGAGGAAGAACCCGAGGCAGAGCUUGUGUCUGCUGGCCCUUCAAAAAGAUCUAAAGUCAAAAUUGUGCAUGAAAAGGAUGAUGAUUAA